GCAUCCAUCUAUGAUAAUGAUUUCACUAACGACAAUGAAUCAGACGGUGACAUCGAGGUUGAAGCUGGAGUAGCAGUCGAAGUUUUUGAUGAAUCAUUACGUGCACUAAUGUCUGAUAUUGUGGGCAGUGCUUUGUUAUCCAUCGUCAAACAGAAUUGUAUCACUUGA